AUGGGUCGUCUUCACUCCAAGGGCAAGGGCAUUGCCUCCUCCGCCAUCCCCUACUCUCGUACCGCCCCCGCGUGGCUCAAGACCACCCCCGACCAGGUUGUCGACCACAUCUGCAAGCUGGCCAAGAAGGGUGCCACUCCUUCCCAGAUCGGUGUUGUCCUCCGUGACUCCCACGGCAUUGCCCAGGUCAAGAUUGUUACUGGUAACAAGAUCCUCCGUAUCUUGAAGUCCAGCGGCCUCGCUCCCGAACUCCCCGAGGACCUUUACUUCCUGAUCAAGAAGGCCGUCGCUGUCCGCAAGCACCUUGAGCGUAACCGCAAGGACAAGGACUCCAAGUUCCGCCUGAUUCUGAUCGAGUCCCGCAUUCACCGUCUGUCUCGCUACUACAAGACCGUCGGUGUCCUGCCCCCCACCUGGCGCUACGAGAGCGCCACUGCCUCCACCCUUGUCGCAUAA